CUCUCCCCGUCCUCGUCGUCCCCACUUGUGUCCCCGCUGACCUGUACGACUUCCGCCAUGUUCUCCCGCUCUGCCUCCCGCACCCUUUCUCAGGCCCGCCAGUUCUCCUCGUCUGCGUCUCGCCAGACGAAGGUCACCGUUCUUGGCGCCGGCGGAGGCAUCGGCCAGCCCCUCUCGCUCCUCCUCAAGCUCGACCCUCACGUCACGCGUCUCAACCUCUACGAUAUCCGCGGCGCGCCUGGUGUCGCCGCCGAUGUCAGCCAUAUUGACAGUGCGAGCGAGGUUACAGGCUUUGCCGCGGACAAGCUCGACGAGGCCAUUGACGGCGCCGACGUUGUCAUAGUCCCCGCUGGUGUCCCUCGCAAGCCUGGCAUGACCCGUGACGAUCUCUUCAGCACGAACGCCUCUGUCCUCCGUGAUCUCGCGUCCGCAAUCGUGCGUGUCGCGCCCAAGGCAAACCUCUGUAUCAUCACCAACCCCGUCAACUCGCUUGUGCCAAUCGCCUCGCGUGUGUACGAGAAGGCGGGUGUGUACGACCCGAAGCGCAUCUUCGGUAUCAGCACGCUCGAUGUCGUCCGCGCGACGCGCUUCCUCGCCAGCGUGACCGGCAACGACCCUGCGGACACCCCUGUCACCGUCGUCGGCGGUCACUCCGGCGAGACGAUCGUGCCUCUUUUCUCGCAGAGUUCGUACGGCAAGGGCGUCACUGGCGAGGCGUACAAGAAGCUUGUGCACCGUGUGCAGUUCGGCGGUGACGAGGUCGUCCAAGCCAAGGCUGGUGCUGGAAGUGCGACCCUCUCUAUGGCAUACGCUGGCGCGAAGUUUGCGAACACGCUCUUCCGCGGCUUGGCUGGUGAGAAGGGUGUGAUCACCCCGACGUUCAUCCGCAGCCCGCUGUACGUCGACCAGGGCGUCGAGUACUUCGCGUCGAACGUCGAGCUUGGCCCGAACGGUGUCGAGAAGAUCCACCCUGUUGGCCCCAUUUCCGCUGAGGAGGAGGAGCUCCUCAAGGCCGCCCUUGUUGGCCUCAAGAGCAACAUCGAGAAGGGCUACAAGUUCAUCGAGGCUUGAGUAGAUAUAUCGCUACACAUAAAAAGCAUGUACUAGAUGCGCUGCACUAUUUCAGCAUAAUGUUGUGAUGCAUCCCAUGACAUCGGGGAUCCUAUC